GCCAUGAUCAGCAGUGGUACAUUAGUAUUCUGUCGCUGUUGGAAAUAUAAGAGGGAUAGUUUCGCGUGCCGAUGGCCAUUCAGUUUUUAGUCGCGGCUCAACCACCUCGUCGGCAACAUGUAUUGUCAUCCUUCAAGUCCAAGUGGUGAUCGCUGAAACUCAAAGAAAUGUCAAGUUAAAAGAAUUUCGUUCAAGUGAACCGUGAUAUCAAUUUUAAAUAAUUAACCAAUCUGCGAACAAUAAUUAAUUUUUGUGAAGUGAAAAAUUUCUCGCAUAUGUAAUUGAAAGAAACUUCAAUUACCCUUCGAAAUUACGAUUAUCAUUGUUAACAGCAGGGAUACACAUACGUAGCCGUUUGAAAAAUGGCUUGUCCCUUAUCGGACGGUCUUGCCGAAGAUCAAGAACAAGAUAACGAUCAGUUGACCGAAGGACCGGGUAUGCUUUAUGGUGAAUACUUGCGACUAGAUAAAAUCUUAACCGCACAAAGAUUAUUAAGCGCAGAGUACAACAAGGAAGUGCACGAUGAGCAUCUUUUUAUCGUCACUCAUCAAGCGUACGAACUUUGGUUCAAGCAGAUUAUCUACGAAUUGGACUCGGUCAGAGCACUCUUUAACUCGGAAUCAAACGGCUACGACUUCUUGAAUGGUACCUCCAACAAUCGUCCGGCUAUUCAGAAGAACCGGGUCCCACAGAUACUGAACGAGUCGAGGACCCUGGAAAUCUUGAAGAGAUUAAACCGCAUCGUCCUCAUUCUGAAACUUCUGGUAGAUCAAGUGACAAUUUUAGAAACUAUGACACCAUUGGAUUUCAUGGCGUUUAGAGAUUACCUGUGUCCAGCUUCCGGCUUCCAAUCGCUGCAAUUUCGUUUAUUGGAGAAUAAGCUGGGCGUGAAACAAGAACACCGAGUCAAGUACAAUCAGAGUUACACCAGAGUGUUUGGAAGGGAUCCGAAAGCCAUCGAGGCGAUUAAACGUUCCGAGGAAGAACCUAGUCUCAGCUGUCUAGUUCAGAGAUGGCUUGCGAGGACGCCAGGUCUCGAGACUCACGACUUUGAUUUUUGGGGGAAAUACAAAAGAUCCGUGGAGAAAUUGCUCGCCGAGCAGGAACAAUUCGCUCGAAAGCACGCAAAAGAACAGACUAGAAAUUAUCAUCUGGCGAACGUGCAUUCCCGAAAGGCGGUGUUCGAGUCAAUUUUUAAUGAAUCCCUUCACAAUGCGCUUGUGUCACGAGGAGAAAGAAAAUUCGCUUACGCGGCUCUUCAAGGAGCAGUGAUGAUCACACUGUACCGCGACGAACCGAGAUUUAGUCAGCCUCAUCAAAUUCUGACUGCGUUGAUGGACAUCGAUUCUCUUAUCACCAAAUGGAGGUAUAAUCACGUUUUGAUGGUUCAAAGAAUGAUUGGAUCUCAGCAACUUGGUACGGGAGGAUCUUCAGGGUACCAGUACUUAAAAUCUACUCUCAGCGACAGGUAUAAGGUAUUUCUGGACUUGUUCAAUUUGUCCACGUUUUUAAUACCUCGUCAUAUGAUUCCACCGCUGACCAAACAAAUGAAGACGAAAUUGUCCAUUGCGUGCAACGGAUGGAAUCCAGACGAUAAUCAAAACAAUUCUGAACGCACACUAGACGAUACGUAAACUGUUACGCAAUCCCUGGAUAAUGUAUCGAUAAGACGGAACCGAUAAAUGUUCAGAAAAUAUUUUUGCUAGAGUAACAUUAGAGAGGGUAACGGAAUUUCGGAUUCAUCAUUUCGAGGUUGGAGAAUCAUUUUAAUAUGCCGUUUAGAAUAUAUUCUAUCUGUAAAAAGUAUACAAAUGGUCGCGUAGGUAAUCGUACAAUAUAAUACUAACGUAAAAAUUGUGUCAAUUGUAUAACUGGUAUCGAAAAUACAAUCUAAUUGACGUUAUUGUUAA